GAUUCAGCAAAUGCGAUGACCGAAAAAAGUAUUAUUUCGUUUCUGGAGCGUAUAACAGCUGGCGGAGUACCGGCACUUGGUGGUCGUUCAAUAUCACAACGAAUCAAACGUAUAAUUUACGAGGUAGUAACGAACAUUUCGGAAAUGUUCCGAGCACAGCCUUUGUUAACACUGUGUUUAUUCGGCGUACCGUUGUCGUUUCUUUCGCUUAUAAGCUACUGCAUUUGCUCAACGGAUUUCUCGGUGGAUCGUGAUGAAAUUUAUCCGGAUGAAGAUGAUGAUAGUUUUGUAUCAGAUGACGAAAAUCACCAAAAGGAAGAUUAG